AUGCGCUCGAACCCAAAACACGACAAGCUUCACAUCGUCGCCGUAUACCGCGAGCGUCCCGCGCAUGCGAAACAUGUCGCGCUCGGAAAACCAAGUGUGACCAAGAACAACCCUGCUCUUACUGCGCAUACCACUCAUUCGACUGUGUUUUUCGCACAUCUGGCGGUCGUGGAACUCCCAGCUUGUCGAGUCAGAAAAAGAGAGCUGCUCGUGAAGCUCAUCAAAGGUUGGAACUUUCACCUUUACGGAUUCCUGCAUUCUGACCAGAAAAGCCAAAGUAGUGUUAGUAGGCCAUCGCCAUGGCCUGGUGUACAGCAAACUGGUACGCCUCCGAGUUUGCCUAGUGCUGAAAAGGAUACACACCCAGUACGUUUGUCACAGGGCUGGUCUCCGGGUCUUCUAGGAGAUGGUUCAGCCGAUGUCAAUAUCGCACUCGAAACACCGAGUGUUGCCGCUGUACAGGAUAAUCAUUGCGACAGCUCAGACUCCGAAGUAGGCGAUGCUGCAUCGAGGGAUGGCUUGAGCGGAAUCAAUCUACACACCAACGGGACCGAGUUCUAUGGAAACUCUUCCAACCUAGCCUUCCUCGGAAAUCUAUAUGCAAGAGCUCAAAGCCAUUCAGACAGCCGAGCUCGGUAUCAAUAUGAUAAUGACGCGUCUCAACAAAGUCAGACCUCCCCUGCUAACCAACGUCAGCAACCUUUCUCUCCGGAGAUAAGCGAUCGCAAUAGCAGAAAGUCGGGCAAAUCGCAACUCUCAAUUGUGAACCUGCUUUAUAAUGCGGAAUACCCUGGCCAACCCUCGCCUCAGUCGCAGGGGGAGAAAGACGUCGCAGAACAAACAGCGCAGUCUAAUCAAAGUAGCCUCAGCAACUUGCCUAGGCUCGGGAAAAAUGCCCAAGAAAGCCAUCUUGAAGAUGUUUUUUCUCAACUCAGGGAGAGUGCACAAAUGGAAAUUGAGAAAAUCUUCAUCGGUAGUUACUUCGCUAAUAAGCAUUACAUCCACCCAAUACUUUCCAAACGCUCAUUCAUGAGACGCUGUGAGACUGAAGCCUGGCCAAAAUCAAGACGUGCUGGUCUCUUCCGAGGGGUCACCAAAUUUUCCAGGCUCUACUUUGCUGUUGUUGCUUUGGGGGCGAUCAACGCCAGCCCGAACGAGACUUCCUUACUAGAUCACUUCUGCCAACAGACAGUGGACGAACCAAGAGGCCCGAAAGGAGCAGUUUUCUCUGCUCUUGAUUUUGCCAAGUUGUAUUUUGGACUCGCGAGACAAAAUAUGGGCGAUAUGUUUGAGAGUUCCUGCUUGGAGACGGCUCAGGCCCUUUUGCUUUUGAGCAUAUUCCGUCAAAAUUCGUUGCAGCCUCAUAGCUGUUACAUGUACAGUGGAAUGGCCGCUCGUACAGCAGCGGCUAUUGGACUUGGAUCGAGCUUGUCUUCGCUGCCUCCUAGUGCUCGACGGGAGGCUCGUCGUGUAUAUAUUCUCAUGAGAUGUCAAGAAAUGUGUUGCUCCUCAGGACGCCUCGACAGCAUGAAAGAGCUACAUUACUACCAGGCAUCUAUUCCCAAACUCAAAUGUGAUGUCGGUGAUUCAGAUCCCGAUGCUGAAGAUGAUGAUAUUGCUAUGAUUCCAGUAAUGAUAGCCUUGGCCCAAAUCAACACCGAAGCAUCCCACCAACUGUAUCACUCCACGAAGCGGUCAAUGGACGAAAAGUCCCGACUAGCCAUCGCUCUAGAUCAACGGCUUUCUCAAUGGAAAGAAAGUCUACCUUCGUUUUUGAACCUGGAUGCACAUGUAUUGGAUGAUCCUGAAUGGGCGUUUAAACAAAAAUUGGUCCUGAGAUUGACAGCAACAGCAAGCACAGCCACCGAAAACGAUCUUUCCAUCCACCUGCAUACGUGUCUCACGGCUGCACGAAUGAGUCUCAAUAUGCAGUAUGAGUCAUUUAUGCAUCGUAUCUACAUUCGCACUUGGUGGUACAACACAACAUACGCUCUCUACGGUUCGAUGAUUCUCCUCCACCUCAUUCUCUCGGGCUACCCAGGUCUCCCAGACGACGAGCUUCUCGAGGACGUCGAGAAAUCCCUCCAGAUAUUUUCAGCCAUGAAAGAUAUCAUUGUUGCGCGGCGUUGCGCCGAAAUGCUUCGAGAAGUACUCGAGGUGGCUCGCACCUGUCUCACUCGGAGGCGCGGAGGUGCAUGCCCUGCGCCGUAUCGGGCUCAUGGCUCUGGCCGAAAUCAAAACCCAGCUCGGUUACCUGGUCUGGAUGCAAUAUCCCAAUCGAGAAGACUGUCAUCAGUACAGAAGCAUACACCACAGGCUGGUGGAUCGUCCCCAUUCCCGGGAACUGCACCUCUUCCUGCAUCGGGAUUCUCUCUUGAUACGCCCUCCUCGAUUCUGGGCUACCAAUCUGGUACCGACCAUGAAAUCUGCCCCGAUGACGAAGACUUCUUUUUCUCUCUGUUCAGCAAUGAGACGCAGCAGCCAGCUGAUCGCACUCGAACUGAGAUUUUGGCGAACUUGGUAAACCCGAGUAUAUUAGAAGACUUUGCUUUUGGUGGUGGGGGGAAUGACUUUUCUUUUUUUUAA